GAGAACCUUUUCGAACAGUCGUCGUUGUUUGUAGGUAGUAUCUUUAAUACUAGCAGGCACCUGUGGAUAAGUUCGUCCUGAAUAGUGGAGAGAAUAAGCAAACUAAUUAGAGGUAACAAAGGGAUUAAACAGAAAAAAAAACAAAUUUGACAGCUGCCAAAUUUUUGUGAAGCUUUUACAAGGGACCCUAACAAACCAAAUUCCUGAACAUGCAAAACAGUUUGAUUAUUCAACUUGCUAGGAAAUUCGGGUCGGUGGCUGAAAUGGCUCGUCUGCGGAGAUCCUUGCAGGGUCGAGUGGCUGUUGUCACGGCAUCCACCGACGGUAUUGGGUUUAGCAUUGCCCAGCGUUUGGCUGUGGAUGGGGCUCAUGUUGUCAUCAGUAGCCGGAAACAGAAAAAUGUCGAUACUGCUGUUGAAAAGCUGAAAACGGAGGGCCUUUCCGUUUCGGGCGUGGUGUGUCACGUCGGCAAGAAAGAAGAUCGUGAAAGGCUGAUUGGAAAUACUGUGGCAGAAUUCGGCGGAUUCGAUAUUCUAAUAUCCAACGCAGCUGUCAAUCCAGAUCCUGGACGCAUCAUGAACUGUACUGAAGCCGUUUGGGACAAGAUUUUCAACGUCAACGUGAAAUCCUCAUUCUUCCUAGCCAAAGAAGCGAUUCCGCACAUGGAGAAGAGAGGAAAAGCUUCCGUCAUAUUCGUUUCUUCUCUUAUGGGAUAUAUUCCCAAUUACGCAAAGGAUGUUCUGGGAGCGUAUGCCCUGAGCAAAACGGCUCUUCUAGGAUUGACCAAGUUGAUGGCCCUGGAAUUGGGCCCUAGAGGAGUGCGCGUUAAUUGCAUAUGUCCUGGUCUGAUUGAAACAAGAUUCGGUGAAGCGAUUACCAAAGAUGAGAGGGCGAUCAAAUUCAUGAAGCACAACUGUCCGUUGCGAAGAAAUGGGCAACCCGAAGAGAUGGCGGGUUUAGCCUCGUUUCUGGCGUCAGAUGAUUCAUCGUACAUUACAGGGGAGAACAUUGUGGCUGCCGGAGGACUCCAAUCAGCGCUUUAAAUCACUUUCUGCCCUAAAUAAUAAAAACCCUAUUCCCGAUUACGGUUUAAGAUUCUAGGUGUACUUGAAAUGCUAAUAAGUGUAACAGAGUAAAAGCGACGACGAAACAGGAACCCGAUGCCCAACCAGUCCAAGGCCAAAUCAGUUUUAUAGCCUGUGUAGAGAACCUGAACUUGAAGAAUAAUAAGUGGGUAACCGAAAACAAGGAAGCGCCGAGACGUGUGUAACCUCUAUUACUGACGCGAGUUUCAUCCACAUUCUUUCGAGCUCUCCUUUCACGUUUGUCUUCUUGCUCCGCUCAUGAGGCAGUAAUGUAUUUACAAAGAAAUAUACAAUGGUCUUGAA